CACAACGAGGAAACAAAUAAUAACAAUAGCAAGAAUCUGAAUUGCUACCAUCACCAGAAGAAAAAUGAAGAAAAAGAUGAUGAGAAAAUUCGGCAAACUAAAAAUCACCUAUACCCCCGUCUUCACGACUCGACGAACUUUAUUAGUACGAAUCACGAAAGGAAAAAUAUAUAUGAGAAUCGCCCUUAUAUGUUGACUCCACCAUCCGAUACUAACUCGCCUAAGAAAAACAAGUUUCAGCCGCUUUACGAAAAGACGAGUCCCGUCGUCAGUGAUGGUUUAGUUAAUCUAUACCCAUCCUACCCUAUCAUACCAAUUGGUUUAAGUAUGCCAGUGGCAACUUCAAUGAACAUGCCACCUACCAUCUCGAAUUUGACGACAUCCUCCAGUUUACCUCGCAGUCAAAUUUCUAAUCCGACAAUGGAAGAGCCGGGUAGAAUGAACACUUCUGUGGAGGAUAGUAAAAAGGCUCCAAGACCUUUCAAGGCCUAUCCAAAAGAUCCCCUGUCUAUUUCACUUGGUCCUGACAUGAUGUUCGACCCAGACCAAAAGCAAGCUUUUUGCGAAUUCCGUAAUAGAAUGCUGGAGUCAGUAAAGAGAACAAAUGAAGGUACAAACAUCAAGAUGCGUCGGGUCAGUAAAAGUCCAAUUUCACCUACUAGCACACUUGAUGACAAGGAUGCUGCAUACUGGGAGAGAAGGAGAAAGAACAAUGAAGCUGCUAAAAGGUCCAGAGAUGCAAGGCGAGCAAAAGAAGAUGAAAUUGCCAUCAGAGCUGCUUUUCUUGAACAAGAGUUUCUCAGGCUGAAAUAUGAAAAUGCACUCUUGAAAGAGGAAAAUAGUAAACUCAGCAAAUUAAUUUACCGUUCCUAGGUUUGAAUUCGUUUUUAGAAAAUUUAUAUUGUUGAUUAUAUUAAGUUUUACUGUAUUUUUAAAGAAAACUAUGCUGUGUGAUUUAAAAGAAAUUGUAAGUUAAUUGUACAUAUUUUUCGUAAUCAUAAGAUGAAAUGACGAAAUCAUCAUAAAAUUUCAUUAUAAAAUAAACAUAUACUUAGCGGUGAUGACUGAUUAAAUUGUAUUUAUGUAUAAAUAUA